AAGAAGAGAGAAGUCCAUCUCCCUCAAGGAGCAUCGGCUGCUGGCGCUGCAGUCCAUAGGAGUCUCAGAUUCCCAUCUCGUCGUCUUAUCCCUCCACUCCGCUCCACACAAUCUUCUUCUUCCUCCUCUCCUCUGUUUAUAUACAACUCCUUCCCUCCCCCAUUCGCCCGCUUCUGCAUCCCGACCAGACGUCGAGUCGAGCAUUAACUCAGUCAGGGUGGCCAUGGCGCUCAAGGUCGUCUCUUUCCCCGGGGACUUGGCCGCGGUCUCAUUCCUCGACUCCAACAGAGGAGGAGCUUUCAACCAGCUCAAAGUGGACCUCCCGUUUCAAACGAGGGACAGAAGAGCAGUUUCCCUGAGAAGGACUUGCUGUUCAAUGCAACAGGCUCCACCACCAGCAUGGCCUGGUCGAGCCGUUGUUGAACCUGGGAGGAGGUCAUGGGAUGGCCCCAAGCCUAUCUCAAUUGUUGGCUCAACCGGUUCUAUUGGCACACAGACAUUGGACAUAGUUGCGGAGAAUCCAGAUAAAUUCCGGGUUGUUGCUCUUGCUGCUGGCUCCAAUGUGACUCUUCUAGCUGAUCAGGUGAAAACAUUCAAACCAAAGCUUGUUGCUGUAAGAAAUGAGUCAUUAGUUGAUGAGCUAAAGGAAGCCUUAGCUGAUUGUGAUUGGAAGCCAGAAAUUAUUCCUGGUGAGCAAGGUGUCAUAGAGGUUGCUCGCCACCCAGAUGCAGUUACAGUUGUUACUGGGAUAGUAGGGUGUGCAGGACUGAAGCCUACAGUUGCUGCAAUUGAAGCUGGGAAAGAUAUAGCAUUGGCGAACAAAGAGACACUUAUUGCAGGUGGUCCUUUUGUGCUUCCCCUUGCACAAAAGCACAAAGUGAAAAUACUUCCUGCUGAUUCUGAGCACUCUGCUAUAUUUCAGUGUAUACAAGGCUUGCCCGAAGGAGCACUUCGCCGCAUUAUUUUGACUGCAUCAGGUGGUGCUUUCAGGGACUGGCCAGUUGACAAGUUGAAAGAAGUAAAAGUUGCUGAUGCUUUAAAGCACCCGAACUGGAAUAUGGGGAAGAAGAUUACUGUAGAUUCUGCUACAUUAUUCAACAAGGGUUUAGAAGUUAUUGAAGCACAUUAUUUAUUUGGUGCUGAAUACGAUGACAUUGAAAUUGUGAUCCACCCACAAUCUAUCAUACACUCUAUGAUUGAAACCCAGGAUUCAUCUGUGUUGGCUCAACUGGGAUGGCCAGAUAUGCGGAUACCAAUCUUAUACACCAUGUCUUGGCCAGACAGAAUCUAUUGCUCAGAGGUCACCUGGCCCCGACUAGAUCUUUGCAAGCUGGGUUCACUGACAUUCAAAGCUCCUGACAAUGUGAAAUACCCGUCGAUGGAUCUCGCCUAUGCAGCUGGAAGAGCUGGGGGCACCAUGACAGGAGUUCUGAGUGCUGCUAAUGAGAAGGCUGUGGAGUUGUUCAUCGAUGAAAAGAUCGGGUACCUGGACAUCUUCAAGGUGGUGGAGCUGACAUGCGACGCUCAUCGGAAUGAGCUAGUAACAAGGCCAUCACUGGAGGAGAUCAUACAUUAUGAUCUGUGGGCGAGGGAGUAUGCUGCCAGCCUACAGCCAUCCACUGGCCUCAGCCCUGUACCUGUCUAGUACUUGUAGCAAUACAAAAUUACAGUAGCAUUGUACACUACUGCCGUGCCAGCUCCAUGCAUAGUCAGCAGCUGGCCACUCUCUAGCUAUAUCUAGAUGCGAGAGAAUUUUAAGGAUGUAAAUCAUGCCUUCACAUGAAUAAAUCGUUCGUCCGUGCGUUGUGUAUUCAUGUAAAUUUUGACGGAUGGUCAAGUAAAAAUAACAAUGGCAAAUUAAUUUAGGGAAGAAUCAAAUAUGUUUGCGUUC